AUGUCGCUGCCGAUUGUGACCCACGACUCGUUGACCAUAGCCCACUCGGGCGCGUAUUCGGCGAGUCUUGGCGCGGUCGAGGGCGAGUAUGAGACCAAGCUCUCGAUGGCGUAUCUGGAGCGCGACGCGACACAGAUGCAGCUCAACGAGGCUCAGGGCAUCCAGGCUACGUACUGUCAAACCAUUGCCGAGCUGGAGCAGGCGCUUGAGGACGAACGCGCCGCGCACAGCGCCACCCGCGCCGAGCUCAACGUCGCUGUCGCCUCGCACAACGAAGAGGCAGCAGCAGCCCGCACGGCGCUCGGUACCAUCGAAGAGCUUCGUGGCACGCUCCGCGCUCGCGAUGCCGAGUUGGCCAACGCCCGCGAGUGGGAGAUUGCCACCAAUGCGCGCCUCGCUGAGCUCGAGGCCGACAAGCGUGCGUCUCGCUCCGCCGCCGGCCUGCUCGAUGCUCGGAACACAGAGCUUCGCAAGGUAGCCGAGGAGCUGGCGAGUGCCAAGGCUGAGAUCGAGAGCCUCCGUCGCAACUUGCAUGAGGCGCGGAGUGACGCUGCUGCCGCAGACAAGGCCCAGCUCGAGCUAACGUACGAGGUCCGCGCCACCAAUGACGAGCUCGACCGCACGCGGGACGAGCUUGCAGCGCUCCGUGAUGAGCGUCAACGGCUCUCUAGCCAGCUCAACACGGUGCUGGCGGACCGCGGGGAAGUCGAGGAUCAGCUCAAUGCGUCUGCUCUUGAGCUCGGCGACGAGCGCUCGCUGGCUAUGGCGCUGGAGAACAAGAUCGCCGCCAUGGCCGCCGAGCUCCAGGCCGCCCGCGACGAUGCGCUUGCCGCCCACCAGCUGGCUCUCCGACUUGAACUUGACGUUCGAAACUCUGAAGCCGAGGCCGCUAUUGCGGUUGAGGCGGCCGAGUCUGCGGCCGCGUCGCGGAUUGCGGACAUGGAGGAUCGAAAUGCUCACCUGGAGUCGGUGGCGCAGCAGGCCAAGCUCGAACUUGACAUUACCAAAAUUGCGCUCUCCAAGGCCGACAUGGACCGCGUGCGGCUGAUGGGCGACGUUGAGAUGCUACCGGCUCUCCAGGCUUCGCUUGACGAAGCUGUGGCCCGACACGAGGAGCUUGCCCUCGAGCGCGACGCGCUCCACGAGCUCAUGAUUGUCAAGGUUGGAGUAGAAGAGCGACUGGAGGCUGCAUCGACAGCACUUGUCGAGCUUCAAGAGUCAGCCAGAGCUGCGCUUGCCGAGCUUGACGAGACCAAGGCUGCGCUGAGCAACGAACGCGAGGCGAGAACCAAGCUCGAGGCUCAGCUGAGCGUGCUCGAGGCAUCAAGCUCGGAACGGAUUGCUGGCCUCGAGGCUGCCAACAUCAAGCUUGACAAAGAGGCCUUGGCAGCCGGCAACCGAGUCCGGCAGCUGACCGACACACUGCAAGAGACGCACAGCAAGCUGGAGAAAGCGCUUGUUGAUCUCAAUAUUCUGCAGAACCAGUAUGAUGAAGUGCGGACGCGCGACGACCGGACUGCGACAGCGCUCGCCACGGUGCGCGAACAGGCAGCUCAGGAUGCCGUGGCCGUUGUCGAGCUCCGUGCCACUGUCGAGUACCUGCAGGAGCUGUGUGAGGAUGCCGAUGCUGCGUGUGCGUCGCAGGCUAAUCUGGCGGCGGCGUACGAGGCUCAAGUCCGUGAUCUGCUCGCUGCACUGGAAGGCGCUGAGGCGGCGGCCAAGGCUGCACACGAUGCCAUGGCGUCGUCGCGCGAGACGUAUGCGGCCGAGAAAGAGGAGUUGCUUGAACGGCUGUCGUCGGCCGAGGCCUCUGUACGCGACCAAGUCGAGGCUGCCUACCGCGAGCUGGAGAUCGAGCACGCCAAGGCGUUUGGCGCAGCGCGGCGCGGUAUGGACGAGCUUGGCGCCGAGCUGCGUGAGACCCGGGCUGAGUUGGCAGCCACCAAGUCACGGGCUGAGGAGAUGCAAGCGUCGCUGGUCAACACAGAGCGGUUUGUGACCCACUACGCCGAGCAGGCGCGAAACGCCACCGCCGAGCUCAGCUCGUCCAAGGCCGAGCUUGACACCGUGCUAGGGACCCGCUCCGAGCUUGCAGCCAAGGUUACAGCGCUCGAGGCUCAGCUGGCUGAGGCCUCCCGCGAUGCUGCAGCCAUGGCUGCCGAGGUUGAUGCUCACUCGGCCGAGGCUGCAGCGCUCGCCGAGCGCGUUGCCGACUACGAGGCUCAGCUGCGGGAGUUGGACACGGUGGUGGAGGCGUCAAUGAUGGAAAAGGCACAGGCAGUCGGGUAUGUCAACCAGCUACUGGAAGGCGAAGCUGCGACUGCUGAAGCUGUUGCCACGCUGGAAGCCCGUGUUGACGAGCUCACUGCCGAGCUUGCAACCGCAGGCCCUGCUCGUGUUGCCACCCUGGAGUCGGAGCUUGCGCAGAUUCGCCAUGCUCACGACACCCGCGGCGAGGAGCUUAGCAAGACCGAGGCGCUCUUGGCGUCGAGCCGGCUGCAGACUGACUCGCUCGCCGCUACGGUUGAGAACCUCAAGAACGAGGCAGCCGAGGCGGCUCGCGAAGCCAAGGCGCUGCGGGAUUUGGAGAAAGAGCACGCGGUGACCGGAUUCAAGCUCGAGACUAUCUCGGCAGAGCUCAGCGCCGCAGUGGAGAGAGCCAAUCGUGAGCAGGCCCGGGCAGAUGCGGCGGUUCGACGCGUGACGGAGCUCGAGGCUGCGGUCGCACAGGCACGCGACGAUGCCGACCGUGCGCGGCGCGCAGCUGAUAGUGCUGAGUCGCGCCUAGCAGCUAUGCCAUCUCAGGCAGAACUGCAUGAUGCAUCGCUGAUGGGGGAGCGUCUCGCCGAGGCCCGCACCCGGGUCACCGAGCUGGAAACGCGCCUGGCUACGCUCCAUGACUCGCAGAUGUCGGCGUCUGCAGCGCGAACAGCUGCUGAAGCGCGUGCAGCCGAGUCGGCUUCAGCGGCAGCGGUCGAGCUGGCGGGUGCCCGCUCCGAGGCAGCUGCGGCGCAGCGUCGCGCUGAAGAUACAGCGGCCGAGCUCGCACGGGCACAGGCUGAAGUUACUAGGCUGACCGGGAUUGCGUCCAGACUGGAGGCAUCGCUGGAACACGCGACUGCAGACGCGCAAGCUGCCAAGAAAACGGCUGCCGAGUUGACAGCCCGACUCGAAGCUACGCAGGACAAGUGCAAGGAAGCUGCCGAGGCAGCAGCCCAAGCCGAGACGCGGGCAGCGCUUGCCGAGCAGGAGACUGGAGUUGCGCGGCAUGCGCUUGCAUCAGCCCACGACGACUACAUCGGCCUGAAAAAGACCAUGGAGGGCGCAGAGGCAGCGGCCAAGGCUGCGCUUGCCGAGCUGCGCCGGAAUACCGACCGUCAGCUCGCCGAUGCUGAGCGGGCGUCUACGAAGCUGAGCGCCGAACUGGAGGCUGUUCGCAGCGAGAUUGCCUCUCGCCGGGCAACCGAGGACACAGUGCGAACGCUCGAGGCCAAGCUUGUUUGCCUGCGUAAGGAGCUUGACUCUGUGCAGGCCGAAGCACUGGCGGCAAGUUCACGGGCGCAUGCACUCGAGGAGGCCUGCGAGUCCCGGGCAAGCGAGCUCGCGCAGCUGCGCGGGGCCAAUGAGCGGCUGGAAGACGAGGUAGCAAGCGCGCGGCGCAGUGCGCGGCAGCACGUUGCUGAGGCCGAGAGCCUUCGCGAUCGGCUUGACGGGCGAGCCCGUGAGGUGGCCAAGCUCGAGCGCGAGCUUGCGCUCUGCACUCAGCAGCUCGAGCACGUGGAGGACGCCCUUACCGAUGCUCAUCUCCGACCACAGAGCCGGACUCCAGUGAUGGGUUCCGGCCUCGCGGCAUGGGAACUUGCGACGACGCCGCCGUUCGACAGUUGCAAGGAGAACGUGCGCUCCGGGUAUGAGAGCGAUGACGCUGCUGUGCUGCGACAGAAGCUGGGCGAGAUGCUGGCCACCGUGGAGGGUCUUCGAGAUGUGCUGGUUGCGUCGGAGGAGGCGAUUUCGCGAAGCAAGGCCGAGAACGCCGAGCUGCGGACUCAGGUCUCCGAGUUUGAGGACGCGCUGUUGAUGCAGUCUGUUGGUGCGUCAUCGCUUAGGUCAACAUCCGAGGCUAACCAGCUUCGGCAGGAUCUGGAGUUAGAGCGGGCUAGGGCAAGCCAGGCGAUCAAGGAGGCUAAGCUGCUGCGAGCGCAGUUGUCGCAGGCGCGAACGGCAGCAUCCGCCGAGACCUCGCAGCGGAUUCACCAAGCGUCGACUCGCCAGCGGCAGGAGAUGGAGGAACUUCGGCGGACGGUGGACGAUCUGCAGGAGCGCAUUGCUCAGCUUGUGCGCGAGAACAGUGAGCUCCAGACGCGCCUCACUGCAGCGACGUCAUCGUCGUCACGAGAGCAAGCGAACUUGACCCGGGCUACCCAGGCCGCCGAGCGCAAGAUGAUGGACGCGCUCCACCGCGAGCAGAUGCUCAAAAACGACUUGGCCUCAAGAACGAUCUCAUUGCGCGGCGACGGCGUGGUUGUGGCGAGCAACAUGUCUGGCGUGCCGCCGCUCAUGGGGUUGACCAAUCUGGGGCGGUUGGCGGAGGAGCCGGGCAACGAGUUCGACGCGUCCAAGGUGGACCUGAAUGCGUUCUACGCGGACCUUGCCGAUGAUGAGUGGCAGGCACACGGCGAAGCCGGUGUGCAGCGGGCCAAGCCGACCGUGCGGUUCACCACGCCGCGGUCGAGUCUCGAAGAGGCGCAGUAUACUACGGCCAUGCUUGACAACAUUGAGGCGACGGUCAACUCGGCGCUGUCCGAGUACGAUGAGGCGCAGCGCGAGGCUGCCAGUGUCGACUCGGGCCUCUCGGAGCUGCUCUCGUCCGAAGCGCAGAGGCAUGCUGCGCGCGGGCAAGUCAACGUCAUCAUUGUCAACUACGAGGCGUUGUGUAUUACCCGCGAGGAGGCGCUCAAGUCGCUGCGCCGGUGGUUUGACGCCGCUGCUGACGGCGUCUUUGAUGACAUCGACAUACACAUCGAAGAGGCGGCGACCGCUCCGCUGGAGGAGGCCUUCCAGACCGCACUCGGCUCGACAGCCAAGCUGAAGACCAUCAAGGACUCGAUGGUCUCGCUCUACCGCUCCGAGGUCAAUCGCAACUUUGACUUGCUUGACGCCUCCAAGGAGCUGUCCGGCAAGCGGGUCAAGGCACUGCGCGACGCGGUCAAGUCGGGCAAGCAGAAGAUUUUUGCCAAGGAGCGCGAGUUGCAGACCUCGCGCGAAAAAAUCGCCAAGUUGGAGGCCAAGGUAGCGUCACUAACCCUUGUGUUGGAGAGCAAGGAUCGCGAGAUCGACGAACUGUUGGCGUCGAACGAGUCAUCUUUUGCCUCGCACAUCACUUCGAUGCAGGCAUCGGCAGCAGCCGAGGCCUCGUCGUGGCGGGCAACGCUCGACGCGCUGGGCUUUGGUGAUGAUGACGAUGACGACGAGCUCGGCGACUCGGCAGCCCUGGUGGAAAAGUACAAGAACUUGAAGAACCAUGCACGCAAGCUCAAGCGCAUGUACCAGGCCCUUGUCAAGGACACUGAGGCCUUCAAGGCGCUCACGGUAGUCCGUGAGAAAAAGGCCGAGCGGACUGUGGCGAAGAUGCAGUCAGCGCUGCGACUCCAGCGCGGAAUCAACGCCCGUCGCGGUGGUCUCGGAUCACAGACUUCGCUCGCUUCGCUGACAGGCGGUGAUGCCAUCGACGACGAGCUUUCCAUGUUUGAGGAUCCUGUUUUCCGCGAGUAUGUCGCCUCGCUGCAUGCCGAGGUCUCGGCAGAAUUGGAGGAGGUUCGGGCGUCGGCGGCUGCGGAAAAGACCGCCAUGGAGACAGCGCAUGCGCGCGAGGUCCAGUCGCUGAAGGCGCAGAUUUUGACUAUGGCGCGGACCGACGACUCGACGACCGGUCCGCUGCUGGCGCUCAACGCCUCGCUCGAGUCCAAGAUACAUGACCUCGAGGUCAAGCUCAAAAGCAUUCGGAGCGAGGCUGAGGCUGCAGCCGAUGCCAAGAUUGCCAAGAUCAAGGCAGCGUCGGAAGCCACUGUGGCCUCGCUGCAAAAGACGCUUGCCCAGCGGGCGGCCAAGCGCGCGGCUGACCACAAGGAGCAUGGGGUCGACGAGCCCGAGCUGCAAGGCUCUCCUGCAAGCUCGCCGUCGCUGCGCGGGCGGCGAGGAAAGUCGGGCCGCAGUCGCGGCUCUGGUCGGCGGGGACGGGCAGGACGGGGCAAACGCGGCCGCAAGGGCCAGGGUGGCGGAAGGAAGGAGUCUCGCGAAGUCGUUGUCUCUGAUGUCAACGGCGACGACUAUGCUGCCCUCGAGGCCGAGGUUCGUCGCCUGAGCGAGGAGCUUGCUUCUGCGCGGGCCCGUACGACCGAGUCUGGACCAUCAACCAUGCUCGCUCCUUCGGCUGGCUUGACCACGCCCGACGAAGCCGUGCCGUCACCUCUUCCGCCACUUGUCGCGACUGAAGAGGCCGCCGCAUCGCGGAGUGUUCUCCUGGGACUGCUUUCUGAUGCGCGUUUGCUCUCUGACGAUCCGGAGGUCCUUAUUGAUGAUGAAGGCCAGGUUGGCGAGCGCCAGGUCAGCUCUGGUCAACCGGCGGUAGGCCUAGCCCCGAGCACGGUGGCGCAGACCUCGGACAAGCUCGCGUCGCGACUGCUUUCGCUCGAGUCCCAAACGACUGAUGCGAUGAAAGUGUAUCUCGAGCGGGACCGACUGCAGACGCGGCUGGCGUCAAUGCGCAGGCUCUACCUAUCAGAGAAGCAAGCGCUCUACACACAGAUCCAGAAUCUAACUAACCAAAAGCAGGCGGCGCUCGAUGCGGAGCAGCGAGCGCUUGCCGCGGCACGCAUGUCGCAAGGCGAGGCUGCAGAGGUCAGGGCUCGGCUAAUGGCGGCACUGGACGAGACCCGCCGACUGGCGGACGAGCACUCGUUGGCGCUCGAGCGUGCCCGUGAUGCCGAGGACGAGACGACUCGGUUUGUAGUGCUCGCUGAAGAGCAUGCUGCUGAGCUGGAUGUGCUCUCGCGCCAGCUCGAGGAAGACCCGGGGGUGCACCUAGAUUCAGCGUCGCUGUUGCGUGAGCUGAGUGAGGCGCAGACCGAGCGCAGUCGGCUCAUGAGCCUCGUGACCUCGACUCGCAACGCGUCUCAAGCGCUGCGCGAUCACAUCACCGAGCUGGAGCAGCAGCUUGUGCGCGAGAGAACAGAGGCUCAAGCUGAGCGCGAGGCAUUUGCGCGUGAGCGUGUGCAAGCUGACGAAGACAUCGGUGGGCCGCGCAUCUUGGUUUCAAAGGCUUCGUUGGCAGACCUCACGAUUGAGACGGGGUGCAACAGCGAGCUCGAGCAGCAAGCGGACGGCAUAGAAGCAAGUGUCGAAUCAGUGCCGUCGUCAGUUCAGAUUGGGCUAGGCGGGCGCGGCGGACGCAGCCGGCGGGCGCAGCGGACCAGCGACGGCAGCGGAACGCCGCGAACACCGAUAUCUCCUGCGUUUUCUGGGCCGGAGUGUCCUGGUGGGCGCGAGACCGAAGAGCGACUGGUCCGCGAGCUGGGCAAGGCCAAGAAAGAGAUUGUGCGGCUCAAGUCGCGACUGCGGUGGGCGGAAGACAAGCUCAAGUAUGUGAUGGACGACGACGCAUCGAUGUCAGAUGAGUCGAGCAUCAGCGACUUUGGCCUUGGCCCAGGCGUGGGCAAGGGCGGUGGAGGCAAGGAGGUCAACGCAUCAGCGGUGUACUCGCUGCAAGACAAGCUCAAGGGUGCCAGGAUGAAGCUUCGUGCGGCGAUUGUCCGCUAUGAGUUUGCGGAGAAGACCAACGCCGAAAUGGAAGCACAGAUUGGGCGUCUGGUUGGCCGACUCAAUGCAGGGAGAGAUGUAGGGGCUCAAGCACUUGACGUGUCGACUGGAGAACUGUCCGCCAUCAAGGACGGCGGGUUGCCCAACGUGGUUGACCAGGUGACGACUCUUGAUGCGGCGAGUGGGGCGAGCCAAGGCGCGCGGGUGGGUGGCAGCGAGGCGGCCCACACCGAGAUGUUUGUCGACGGCUACAUGGCAAUGAUGGCCGUCAAUGCCGAGCUGAAGGUCAAGGUGCGAGAGCAGACCGACGAGGUGAUGCGGCUGCUGGACGGGCAAGAGGGCCUACGGAAGAUUGUUCGCGACUGGCAAGCAUCGGGUGCGGCCCUGCAGCGUGAGCGUGACGAGCUCAAGCUCAAAGUCGCCGACAUGGCGUCUGAGCGGGAAGAAAUGUCCAAGGUAACCCGCGCGUACUUGCGGAGCGUGUCGGAGAAGCACGACCAGGCGAUAGUUCUGCUCCGCAAGAUCGAGACCGAGCUUGUAGGCCAGAUCAAGAAUCUCAACACCAAGCUGACUGCGGCGGUGAUUGCGGGUGACAAGGGUGAGCGGCGGUCGCGGGCGUUCCACCGCUCGCAGGUUGCCAAGAUCUCUGCUGGCUACGACGAGCGCAUCAGCGACUUGCAGCAAGCGCUGGGUGCUGAGAUGGGGCCAGACUCGAUUGCGGCUGUGCUCAAGUCGGACUACGAGAAGGCGCUGGCGCAGCGUGCGGCCGAUCUUGAACGCGAAGCUUCUGUGCAUCGAAUGGAGCUGGCGUCCGAAGCACGGGCAGUGCUAGCCAUGAGCCGAGAGGCGUACCGCGGUGCGCAUGUUGCGGCACUCCGCAUGUCGGCGUGUGUACGUGUUGUACAUGCCGGAGUUGGCGCGCGGCUGGCGCGACUCGGGGUUGUUCCGGACGAUUUUCUCACACAAGCCUUUGUGGCCGAGCCACGGCUGUUUGACAAUGAGCUGGCGAGCGCACUGGAGGAGAUUGACGCGGCCGAGUUGCCAGGCGAGGGCGGCGAGGCCGAGUACGGCAAGUUUGCUGCGCAGCUGGAAGGCCAUCUGCGCACGACCAACAACGAGCUAGACGCGGCUGCCAAUGAGACGCGGAUGGCGUGCGCCGAGGUGUGGAAGUUUGUGGCGAUGCUGGAGGAGGGCGUGGAGAAGAAGAACGCGGCGGCUGAGGAAGCUGUGGUCGAGGCCAAGGCCGCUGUGGUGUCCAAGACGGCGGCGCUAGACGCGGCUCGGGUCGAAACUAUCGGGCUGCAACACCAGGUGGAGCAGCUGAAGGAGCAGCUGGCGUCUGCUCGCAUCCUUGCCAGUGGCGAGAGUGGGAGUGGCUCGCAAAACAAUGGUGGUGCAACUGCGCAUGGCCUGUCGCUGGUGGAAACGCUACGUGCCGAGCGCAAGGCUGUGGCGGCCGAGCGCGAGAAGCUGAUGGCAGAGCGGCGCGGGCAGCGUCGGUCGAGUAUUGCGUAUGGCAGUCGAGAGCCAUCGGAGGCCGAGCUCAGAAAACAACCGCGCGAGCGCAAGAUGUCCAUAUCCGGCAGGAGCCCGGCGCCCGGGCGGCUGCUUGGCUCGUCGAGCAACACGUUUGGGGCCGUUGACGCCGAUACUGCCGCCGGGCUCGGUGUUGUGGGCUCGGUCUCCAUGUCGAGCACGGGCGAAGGCGAGCACGUGGGUCGGAGCGUGACUGAAGUAGACCCAAAGGCGCGGGCUGCGUUUGCGCGGAUUCUUGCGGGCAAGGAACAGCAACACGCGUCUGCGUUGGAACGGCUCCAGCGGGUUGUGGCGUACCAGGCGCAACAGAUCCACGAGCUGAAGACGGCGCCGAUGGCGCAGGGCAAUGCGCUGUUGCCGCCUGGCUUGCCCACUCGGGGUGUGCCGCGGCGCGGCAGCAGCGUGUCGCCUGCGGUCAACGCGCUGUCGCGAGGCGUAGCUGCAGCGCGCGAUGAUGCGGCGGCGGCCAACUCGCCCGCUGGAGCGGCCGGGCACAUGGCGUCACCAUCGGCUGCCGCCGACCUAGGCCUAGAGGGUGGGGGAUCGUCAACGCUGCAGCUCUUCCUCGAGCGCCAGCGGCUGAUUGCUGAACUAGGUGAGACGCGCGCGGCACUGAUGGAGGCGCGGCGGGUACUCGAGAGCCAGGCGCUCGCGGCGGAUCCCCAGGCGCAGGCUGAGAUCAAGGCAUACCUUGGGCGCGACGCACAGCUGCGGCGUGCCAAGACAACAGCUCUCUUCCGCAAGUUCACUGCUGGCGUCCAAGCGCAAGACUCGGCACGGCAGCGCGCAGCGCUUGAGGCGACCGGCUCGGGGGACGACACGAUGAUGGAUGCGCUGAAGCGGAUGGAGAUGUGGCACGGGGCCAAAGUGGCCAUGUGGGAGGCGAAGAAGGCGGCGAUUGUGGCCGAGCGGCAGCGGCAGGCCGAGGCCGUUCUGGCUGUGCUCAACUCGGUCACGCUCACGCGGCGUCUACAGCAUGACGACGGCGACGGAACGUUCUUUUACGGUGUUGGAUACUGGUCGUCCGAGAUGGCAGCAAUCCACGAGCUGGAGGUGGCAUCUCGGAUCGGCCAGCCCGUCCUCCGCGUGGAGCGCAUUCCGCUCCGGCAGGCGUCUGGCCUACUUCCUCUGGAGCGGCACCGCGAGUGGUCGCCGAUCAAGGCACGGACCGCCGACGUCGUUGCAGCUGACGUUGCAGAUAGCUUUCCAAGCCUUAAUCGGUACGAUCGGCUUCCCGGAAUUUCCCCGACGCGGUUCGGAUAA